CGAAAAUAAACCGAACACAAAUGCGUUUUCGUGACAGAAAUCUUGUGCAAAGCAACAUUGGAAAAAGAACAAGAAUAGUUAAAUCCGAUUUGGUGUACCUUCAAGGUAAUUUCUUGAUUUCAGUGCAGCUGUUAUAUGUAAAAAAAAUCAUGAUUAUUUCAUGAUUAGAACGGAGUUUGAAUUUUCACGGCCCCGCUACGCGUAUUGGCCUAUUUUGUAUUUUGGCCCACUAAUCAGCUUACAACAAUGCUUGAUUUGCAGGCAGCAUUUGCUAAAUUCUGCGUCAGAUUGCCCAAGGUGAAGUUAAUACAUCCAUUUUAGCUGAUCAGAAACCUAACUCAGACAGACAACUGCGAUAAAGACGUUAAUAGCGGGGUGCGUUCGCUGAAAAUGUUCCAUCUGGAAAUUAGCGCCCAGUCACCUGAUAAUAAUGAACCAAGGUCAGUUCUUGAGGGAGAAAAACAAACGGCGAAAAACACAGAAAAUGACAAUGACGAUUUGCAUUUCAACUUCAAUGUUCCUAGACCGCUUGGUCAUAACAGGUCUGUGCCGUCUUUUCUGGACGAAAGAUUACAGUAUCUACAAGUGGACGAAGGCAGACGGUCGCGAUCUCAUUCGGAGCCCCUCACACGAGAGGCGGUCAAGAUAGCCCAAGAGUUACGUAAGGUUAGCGAUCUGUUCAACACGAACUACCAAGCAUUGACGCCUGUAAGGAAAGAAUUUGAAAGUAAACGACGCGACAAGUCAAGGCGUAUAACUCUUGGAGGUUCGCAAGGUGAUUCACUAAGACAUGAGGUAAAUCAAGCCCUCCGAGCUUCGGGCUACAGUGUGAAUCCGACACCUCCCGAGGGAACUCCUGUUUAAAGCCCCGUCUUUUACCCCAGGGAACACUCCCGGGGAAUUUAAAUUUUUCGGAGCAGAGCAAGAUUACAGAAAAACUUCCCAAUCCCUACAUCUAAUAUAACGAGAAUUAACAUUCCACGUAUUAUAUAUGCCCAAAGAAAAUGUUGACUUCAUACUUUGUCGUCCAGAGCUCAGAAGCACAAGGGAGCACUGGGUGCUGCUAGAGCGCAGCCCUGAACUUUGAUUCAGUUACUCGAGCUUGCUGUCAUUGUGGUCCCAUUAGGGACGGACCAUUAGAAAAGUUAUGGGGGGUGGUGGGGAAUUUUCGAGCUGCAUGAUUUUUUUUUCUGUUAACAUUUUCCUUGUACAAUUUUUUUUAGGCUAUUGCAUGAAUAUUUUUUAGGGUUAAGUUGCAUGCAUGAAUUUUUCCAUUAAAUUAUCCCUUGCACUAAUAUUUUUUUUUGUACUCCCCCCCCUUAAGAUUUCUAAUGGUCUGUCCGUUACUUUUUUAGCAAUAGUAAUAAUAAUAAUAUUAUUAAUAUUAAUACAAAAAAGAAAAAAAGACAUUGACAACACUAAAAAUACCAAGGUCUGGAAGAUAAAUUGGGCUGGGGUCAUACAUUUAAUGUACAUUUAAUAUUUUAAGUACAGAGCAGGGGCGGAUCCAGGAUUUUUUUUAGGAGGGGCUGCACUUGUCUCUUGCUCUACCUCAACACCAAUAAACCACAUAGUUUUUUGUUUUUGCAGAAUACCAGUUGUAUUAGAAAACCGCAGGUCAUCUCGGUGGGGGGAGGGGUGCACACCCCCUGCACCUUCCCCCUAGAUCCGCCCCUGCAGAGAUGAUUUGCCCUUAAAGAGGUACCUUUUUUCAGGUUAGAGGUGUAUAAAAUUGCUGGUGUGGACUCAAAUAUGAAAAUAUGGGGAAGCUCGUAGGAGAAUUAGAAAUAAACCCCAGAAAGUCACUCUUCUGGGUAUGGCUCACUGUCUUUAUUUGACCUCCAAAGAGGAUUUCGUACUAAAACAGACAACCAGAUGAGAACUACGUAGUGAUUUUAAUUGCACUAAAGAUGUUAACAUCAAAAUAAUGCUCUGUUAAACACAGUUGUAUGUACUAGGAUUGUUCUAUAGAGACAUUAUUAAUGCGCAACUCUAAACUAUACUGGGUAUUAAAGGGUAAAAAUAUUUAUUGACUUUUUUUUAACAUCCCUGAGCAAGAUGACAAGCAUCCCCAUCUUUCAUACCGAAGUCCCCCAGAACACAGCAUAGGAAUAGUUACACUUAUCUUGAGGAGAUGGCUAAUUCAUUUAAAUUUAUUAAAGCUUACCUCCAAAGGAAAGUGAUAUAAAGUUUCUAAGGGGUACCAGGGUAAUGGUUGUACCUGACUGACACCAGGCAUCUCUGAAAAAAACUUUGUUGAGUCCCCUUCCUCCCUCGUAGCCAGGGUGUGUAAACCAGAACUAACCGAAAAUGCUCUAAUUUGUAACUAAUGCACCGGAAUUACAUAUUUUGGAAUUAUUUCACAGUGUGCUUCCAAUCAAUUCAAUGAUCAGUCACCAUUUUAAAGGCAUGGAAUUUAUCAUUUAUUUCUAUAUUUUAAUACCUUAAAUUUUGAAGUGUUAAAUAUUUGCAUGUACUUUUGUAAAUAAGAGUCCCUGGAGAAGACUAGCUUCAGUGAAUUUUGAUGCUUUGUGUAUACAUUUGUUCUCUAUGUUAGAUAAUGCUGUCAGAUGUUAGGGUGAAUCCAAUAUUGUCCAUGCCUUCGCCCUUCCCUACCUUGCUGUGCCUCUCAAGAAAUGUACUUGAAGCUGGGGCACUUAAAUUUUGGCAUAAACUAGUCUGUUCUCCUUGAGAAAAAUUUCUCUGAAAGAUGGACCAAAUGUAGAACAUAGCUAAAAAAUCAUUCCAGGAUUUACAAUAACUCAGUUUGAAUAAUUUCUAGUAAAAAAUUUAUUAAGGCCAUCCCAAUUUAAUGCGUCGUUUCCCAUCACCCGACCGACCCAUUUUUUUGGAAAACUAAAAAAAAAAAAAAAAUUCCAGAAUCACUUGUAAAGAAGCAAGUACUUUAAUUUACAAGCACACGAUCUUGUCUUAUUAACACCAAUUGUCUAAAUUAUCAUCGAUACUUCGUUUUUGUAGCCUUUUUAGACAUUUGAUAGUCCUGUUAAUAUACAUCUUUUACCAUCUGAUUAUAUCUUGCAGACUAAACCUGAGAUGUAAUAUGCAAUCAUGUGUUCAUUCUUUUUAUUUUUUGCCCAGCCGACAGACCCACCUUCACGAGAGGGAGGGCGAUUGGAAACGAAACAUUUUAUUGGGAUGGCCUAAGUAAAACACGAUGAAAAGAUUUAUUCCAAACCAUGGUUUUAUUUAAUUAAGUUCAUAUUAAGAGACUGGAAGACUCAUGACUCCAUAUCUCAGGGAGCUGAAUAAGAAUUAUUCCAGAUAUUGGGGGUAUCGCCUUAUCAGAUAUAUAGAAUUUCUUACUAAUUUCUCAUUAUUGUGAAUACAGAUUUUACUAUGAUAGGGAAGUGAAAACAAUUUGCCAAAAUUAUUUCAGAAAUUAGCACUAGUAAACAGUCUAAAAAGGUUCUACAUUGUUGUAUUUCUAAACAGAAGUUUAAUAUUGUAUAUUGGAAAAUAAUUCAUUUCUCUCUUAAAGUAGCUUGCUCAGAACAAAACUUAAAAUAGUUUGUUAAAAAUAAUGUAAAUAUUUGUCCACUGAAGUAGAAGUGUCUGAGAAGACCAAAAAUUAGAUGUACAUAAAACCUAAUUUUCGAGGCUUAUCCUUGUGGAUUAAGUCUAAGGCUAUUAAGCUGCUGCUAUCAAUUUAUUGCUAAUUUCUACUAGUUAAAAAACAUAUUCUUUUGUAAUUGAAAAAAAAUAUUUUCGGAAC